AUGGUGACAGAUGUGGUGGAUGUGGCAAAUGCACUAGCAAAUCAGCAGCCAUUUGUGGAGCCGAGUUUCAUGCGGUCGUUGGAUUUGGAGGCCAUUCAUGCACCGGAGUUUCCUCAAUAUGUAAAUGCAGUUUAUUACAUUAUUGGUUCUGACAAGUCUAAAAUUUGUGAUGUUGUUGCCGCAGAGCUUCCCCUUAUGCCGGAUGGUGAAUUUACUGUGGGAAUGGAAUUCAGUUCUAGGGAGGCAGUGAUUAAGGCGAUGAAAGAUUAUACAAUUCGCAGAGGUGUAGAUUAUCGGGUGCAUGAGUCAGAACCGACGAUAUUCUAUGCUAAAUGCACCCAGUAUGGUGCAGGAUGUGAUUGGCUAAUUAGGGUGAGCAAAAUGUCCAGAAAGUUCUGUUGGGAGAUAAGGAGGUACAAUGGUAGUCACACCUAUACUAGGGCCACCAUUUCUCAAGAUCAUUCGAAGCUGGAUUCCAACACAGUUGCAGAAGCAAUAAAGCCAUUGGUAGAAGCUGACCCGUCUAUUAGGGUGAAAUCAGUGAUUGCAGAAGUACAGUCAAAGUUUAACUACACCAUUAGUUAUCGCAAAGCAUGGUUGGCAAAACAGAAGGCAGUGGAGUCAAUUUUCGGAGGGUGGGAAGCUUCGUACGAAGCCUUGCCGAUAUGGUUUGAGGCCAUGUGUCACAAGGAGCCAUCCGCAGUUGUUCAUUUUGAAACAAUGCCUGUGUACCAGGGAGAUGACUUGAUUCCUAAUAUUCGUGUGCUACACCGAGUCUUCUGGAGUUAUUACCCUUGUAUUAGAGCCUUCAGACAUUGCAAGCCAAUAGUACAGGUAGACGGAACUCAUUUGUAUGAAAAAUACAAGGGUUGUUUGUUGGUUGCAGUCUCACAGGAUGGCAACAACAACAUCGUGCCGAUUGCAUUUACGAUAGUUGAGGGAGAGACAUCUGAGGCUUGGCACUUUUUUCUGAGUAACUUGCGACAGCAUGUUGUGACACGUGACGGUGUGGGUCUUAUCUCCGAUCGACACGAUUCCAUUAGGGCUCCUAUUGCUCGUUGUCACGGAGCUUGGUCUCCUCCCAAAGCAUUCCACAUGUUUUGCAUCAGACACAUAGAGUCCAACUUUCUGAGGAAAUUCAAGGCUCCGUAUCUGCAGAAGCUUAUCGUCAACAUCGGUUACUCGCGAACAGUUCGCGAGUACGAGACGCGUUAUCAGCGUUUACGUGAGCGGGGUGAGGCUUAUACCAACUGGUUGGAUCGAAUUUCGCGUGAGCAAUACGCUUUAGCAUUUGAUGGGGGAUAUCGAUGGGGUCAUAUGACAACCAAUCUAGUAGAAUGCAUCAACUCGGUACUGAAAGGGGCUCGUAAUCUUCUAGUCACUGCACUUGUUAAGGCAACAUUUUACAGGCUUAAUGAAUUGUUCACCCGAAAAAGGGCCGAGGCUGAGGCUCAAAUUAAUGCAGGACAUGUGUUCUCUGAGCUUGUAACCUCCAAACUACAUGCAAAGCAGCGGGCAGCAGGUAACAUCCAAUGGACCUCCGUCAACAACGGUGUGACUGUGGUGAGUUCCAAGUUGACCGGCUUCCGUGUUGACAUGUGUUUGCUUGUUGUGCAAACCAACGUCUUGAUUGGCAACUGUAUGUACAUGAUGUCUACAAGAUGGACCAGGUUCGACGAGUGUACAGGGCUAGGUUUAGGCCACUCGGGAAUCCAACAACAUGGCCUGUUUACCAUGGACCUCGAUUCGUAG